AAAAAAUUAUUGUAUCAUUUUGACGUGACGUAAUAAACAAAAUCGUCUAAAUGAAGGCAUGAGGUGCGGUGAUAUUGUUCAUUUUAUGCCAGCGAAAACCGCCAUCAUUUACGCGUUGCAACUCUUUGAAAAUUGUUAAAAAGAAGAAAUGUUCGUCUGCCGAUUCCGUGAUGGUUAAUCAUUCGCAUACGUCACUGCCCGUGGUGCAUAGCGACAGUUCGGAGUGGUCAAGUGGCGAGGAGGAAUCGGCACCAAUCUCAAAAAAUGUUCCUGCUAAAAUUGAAACAAAGAAAAAGGGUAAAAAUUUAACGAAAGCAACGGAAACGGAAUCGGCUUCUCAACAGAAAAAAAAAUUUAAAAAGAAUGUGACUGUUUGUCUCACUAAUUGCAGAUAUGAUGUUGUUAGAAGGAUUGCGUCUAAAUUUGGGUAUAAAGAGGUAGGAGAGCAAGAUAACUGGAAUUUAUAUUGGACUGAUUUAUCGAUAUCAAUAGAAAGAUGUAAAGAAAUGAAAAGAUUUCAAAAAAUUAAUCAUUUCCCGGGAAUGUUAGAGAUAUGCAGAAAGGAUUUGUUGGCGAGGAAUCUUAACAGAAUGAAACGACUUUUUCCAAAAGAUUACAAUUUUUUCCCAAAAACUUGGAGCUUACCGGCGGAUUUAGGCGACGCUUUAACUUACAGCAGAUUAAGAAAAAAUAAAACAUACAUACUCAAACCGGACGCGGGGAGUCAAGGAAGAGGAAUCGUCAUCACUAAAAAUUUAAAAGAUAUUAAACCAUCCGAUCGAGUCAUUUGUCAAGUUUACAUAACCCGACCCUAUUUAAUUGACGGCUUUAAAUUCGAUUUAAGGGUUUACACUUUAAUUACUUCUUGUGAUCCAUUAAGAAUUUACAUCUACAGAGAAGGAUUAGUAAGAUUCGCAACAAGUCGAUAUAAAGAACCAACCGGUGUUAACAUCACCAACGUUUUCAUGCAUCUAACUAAUUACGCUGUUAACAAACACAGCAGAACUUACACCGUCGAUAAUGAAGCCGGAUCGAAAAGAAAAUUAACUUGGUUAAAUUGUUAUUUAAGAAGUUUAGGUCAUGAUGUGGAAAAACUUUGGCGCAACAUCGACGAUGUUAUUAUUAAAACGAUUUUAAGCGCAUGGCCGGUUUUGAAGCAUAGUUAUAUGGCUUGUUUUCCCAGCCACGAUGUGAUUCCGGCUUGCUGCGAACUUUUAGGGACCGAUAUUAUUUUAGAUAAACGUCUUAAUCCGCAAAUUUUAGAAGUAAAUCACUCACCGAGUUUCCACACGGACACGGAAUUAGAUUGCGAGGUAAAAGAAGGUUUAUUAACCGAUAUGUGCGCAAUGUUAAAUUUGGAGCAAUGCGAUAAGAGAAAAGUUUUGAGGGAAGAUCGCAAAAGAGUACGAGAACGAUUACUUCAAGGCGUGAACAAUUUAAAUUCAAACGAACAAAAAAACUUUUCCGAAUGUUAUCGUAACGAAAUGAAAUAUCGUGGUGGAUUUCGCUUGGUUUUUCCGACGAUGAACGGAGAUCAUUCUUACGAUAAAUUUUUCCAUCAGGGACAAGCCUCAUUGUAUUGCGAUACCGCUUCGAGCAGAGCUCGAGAAAAUGCUCAAGCAGCGUUCAGAGAUGAAAUGCAACUUAAAGCUAAAAUGGAAGCUGCGAAACGAGUACCAUCAUUAAAACCACCGGGAAAACCACCAAAAACCGAUUCUUUCCAGACUGUUCAAGUUCCAAAUUUAAAAUUGCAACCAUCACCACGUUUCACAAUAAACUCAUUCGAGCCUCAAAUGAUUGUUGAAGCUGAAGAGAAAGAACGAUUGAUGAGAUUAUCGCAAAGGGAUUAUUUGGUAAGAAGCAACGGAUUGUUGGAGUACGUUUAUUUUUCGAUGAAGGUAAAUGGGACCUUGAGACCUCAAGAUGAACGAAAAUACGCGAUUUAUGAUAAAAUUAAAACGAUGAGUGACAGCACUAUUAAGUCUCAAGGUCCGGCAAUAACCGAUUUAUUAGAAGGUAUUCGAAAAGACGAUGGAUUAUCCCAUGCUGCUCCUGCAACGUGGAACUUUUUAUCCUCAGAUCGACUUCCUCCAGUAAAGGAUCAUAAUAACAAGAGGAAAAAAGUUAAUAAGUUGACGAACGUAAAAGUGGCGUAAUUUGUUUUUUUAUGGAAUUUAGAAUCUUGUGAACACGCUCAAUAAAUAUUUUGAUUUCUUGAAAACUUAAA